AUGGGUGCCACAAUGCUUUCUCUAUUCCUGAAAUAUACAUUCAUCGUGGUAGCAGUUGCUCUUGGACUUUACCUUGGCCUUCUAGGACUUCUGACGACUCCUUCUUUUCAAGCCCAUGUCGUCUAUCUACACAAAAUUCAGAUGACGUGGUCCAAAAAUCUUAACGUUCCGGAAUCCUUUGGGUUUUUACGCGGUCAAGUCACGCCAUUUUCCAUCAAAUCUCCAGAUGGUCAAUCGCUUUUUGCUUGGCAUAUUUUGCCUGUUGAGCUUUAUCGACAACACGAAGCAGAUCUCGUGGCGGAGCCCGCUGGCUUCGUAUCGGAUUCCACCUCCCGAGCAGCGUUUAAUUUACUACGCAAUGAUCCCGAUGCUCGUUUAGUCAUUCACAUGCAUGGAGCUGCAGGUACCAUUGGAUCAGGAUACAGAGUUCCAAAUUAUCGUGCCUUAUCCGCAGGGCAGCCUAGCAAGAUCCAUGUCCUAACAUUUGACUAUCGUGGGUUUGGAUAUAGUUCAGGAUCACCAUCUGAACGUGGUCUAUGCCUUGAUGCUACUGCGGUGGUGGAAUGGGCAAUGAAUGUUGCAGGAAUUCCGUCUUCCAGGAUUCUAAUUGUUGCGCAAUCUAUAGGCACCGCCGUGGCACUCGCUGUGUCAGAGCAUUUCGCUUUACAGUCGCCCUCAAUUGUUUUCGCUGGCACUCUUCUCAUCGCACCAUUCAUUGAUGUGGCGACACUCGUGGCUACAUACAGUGUAGCAGGCACUAUACCCAUCAUAUCACCUCUCGCCAAGUAUCCCCGUCUUUUCAGCUACCUUAGAACUUUCAUAAAGGAUAGAUGGUCGAGCAAAGACCGCAUCUCGGGCUACAUACGAGCUGUUACCGCAGCCAGCGAAAAAUAUCAGUUAACCCUGAUUCAUGCCAGAGACGACUGGGAUAUUCCUUAUAUUCAUACGCAAAAACUUUUCCGGCAUGCAGUUGACGCUACAGUGUCGCAAGAAUUGACAGAUGACGAGUUUGAGCUCGCGACGUCAGAACACAAACAGAACCUAGGCGCCGCAGGAUCUGUUGUUGACUGGCGAACAGACCAUGGCAUUAUUCGAGAGGAAAUACUGGAGACUGGGCUACAUGAUGUCGUUAUGGGCAAUCCAGUAGUCUCAUUAGCUACUAUGCGCCUUCUGGUAGCUGCAGAUCCUUCUUUCAAAUGA